AUGGCUAAAACUCCUAGGAAAGUAACCAAAAGUGGGAAAUCCACUGGAGGAAAGAAUUUAAGUUCAUAUAUGAACAGUGGGUUUGAUUUACAAUCAAGAAGAAGAUUCAGCAUAGCACAAUCAUCGUCGUCUGACGAUGACGAACCUCGGAAAGUUCAUUAUGUGAGUGAUUCCCAAUCAGAUAGCUCAUUGACAGCUGUACUGGAUAAUGGACCAUCAGAGCAGAGUUCCAUGUUAUUUGAUGAUACCCAAGGUGGUAAGGGGAAAGGCAAGGGGAAGAAGUUUGCCGGGAAGAACGUCAGUAAGGGGAAGUCGUUGAAAAGUUAUGGGAAGAUGUUCAAUAAUAGCGACAGCGAAGUGAGCGUGAUAUCUGAUGAGGAAGAAUCAUCAUCUGAUGAUAGUGACGUUGAUUUUGUUAAGUUACAAGCACAAAAGAAGAUAAGAUCCAUGCCGGAAAGACGUAGGGGAUCGGUGACCAAGCCUAAGUAUGGUAGAAGACGGUCGGAGACAGCUCUUCCUGAGGAUAUAAAAUUUGAGUUUGAAUUCAAAGGAGAUGAGAAUGCUCUUGAAUCUGAUUCUGGUGAAGAAGAAGAAGCAGACGAAGAAGACGAUGAUGAUAAUGAUGAUGAAAAUGAUGACAAUGAAGAAGAUGAUAUUGGUGAAGAUGUGGGUGAAGAUAUCGGUGAAGAAGUAAAAGAUCUGAUUCUUCUUGAGGAAGAAGAUUUAGGUGAAGCUAUUGAUGGACCUAUUCCUGAUGAUAAUAAGCUCAAGCUUGAUCUUGAUUUCAAUAUCCCCGUACCCAACUUCAAUGAAGAAGACCUCAACUCUGACGAAGAUUAUGAAAUUGACGAUAAUGAAUUACUUGCUACCUUACAAGCCGAUAACGAUUUGGAAGAUUUUGAUGAGAAAGUCCCUAAAAGGAACUCUAUAGUGUCAAUUGAUGAAGAUGAGGAAGAGUUUUUGAAGCAAGAAGAGAAAUUUUUGGUCAAUGAGUUCGAAAACAAUGGAUUCGAUGAAGAAGGGAAACAAUAUUCCGACGAAGAAGAUGAAUUUGAAGACGAUUUCGAUGAUAUGGUGGAUUUUACCAUGGACCUCGAUCAAGAAGAAUUCAAUAGUGGCAAGAAAGUGUCGAAAAUCAAAAGAAAAGGUUAUGAUAGUGAUGAUGAUGACGAUUCAUACCUCUGGAACUACUUCUUUAGCUCAGACAAUGAUUCAGAAAGUGGAGAUUUGAAUUCUCCUAAGAAAAAUAAAGAUUCAGAAUAUUUAUCCAUUGCUUUGGAUAACCACGAUGAUGAAAAUUAUGAUAGUGGAGAAUCUACCGACGUAGAUUCCAAUAUUCCUACGUCCAAUAACUCUGCUGGUUCUCAGAAAGCUAAAGAAGUGUUAUCUUCUAAGACCGCGGAUUAUAGACCUCCAGUAUUGGGGACUUGGAUUGCUGUGGAAAGUAAACCUUUCAGUAUCAUUGAUGGAUUAUCCACCAGAUCCUUGAAUAGUAACUAUCGUCAUUCCAUCGCUAAACCUUACUCCAAAAGACGUAAGAGUUUUGUUGGAACUCCUCAUGCGGAUGAUUCCGCUUUAGGUUUAGACGAAUUAUUGAAUGUUAGUGAAAUGGAUUAUGACGAUACCAACGAUGUGAAGAUAUGGAGGGAUUUCAAUAAUCAGAAGAAAAGAGUUCCUUUGGGUGCUUUCAGAAAUAAAUCUUACUUACAAAAUUCUCCUCAAGAUGUUAUGGCUUCAAAUGUUCAAUAUAAUCAUACCACAAAGACAAAUAAUGAUUUCAACCAAAGAAGAUACUCAUUGUCUAAUCAUAAGAAGAAGAAUUUAACCCCUGUCCCACCCAAACUGAAAAGAAGAAGAGCUUCUAAAGUAGAAGCAUUUAAUGAAGGUUAUAGACCUACUAAAUCUGGUUUAUUUAGUGAACAAGCUUUAUUAGAUGUGGAAGAGGUUUUGGGUGAUGAUAACGAUAUAAUGGCUUUAAUUAAAGGUUUAUAG